AUGAAUACUCCAAAGAUACUGGCAGAAAAAACUCAACGUCAAAUCGGCCAAAUUGUUUCUGCAGAGAGAGGCGAGUUGGUGACAUUUGGAGGAAUCAUUACUGGAACUGGCAAUAGUAUUUCACCUGUAUAUGUAUUUCCCAGGGUUCAUUAUAGAAGCCAUUUUUUAAAUGAUGCUCCUGAAGGGUCUUUAGGCUUAUCGUCUAGAUCUGGUUGGAUAAAUAGCGAAUUAUUCAUAGAGGUUCUUAAACAUAUCCAAAGAUACACAACUAGCACGAAGGAAAGACCGAUUCUUCUAAUUUGUGACAAUCAUGAGUCACAUAUUUCAGUUGAAGCAAUUAAUUAUUCACGUGAAAAUGGAAUUGUUUACUUAUCAUUUCCUCCACACAUAUCUCACAAACUCCAACCUCUUGAUGUCGGUGUUUUCGGUCCGUUUGAAGCAAAACUCAAGGUAGCCUUCAAUGACUGGCACAUUAAUCACCCUGGAAAAGCUUCAACUAUUUAUGGUAUUCCAAGUCUUUCUAAAUUGGCUUUUUUUGAAUUUUUCAACGCGAAAAAUAUGAGCGCAUUUGCUAAGACUGGAAUCGUGCCAUUCAAUAGAUUGGUAUUUUCUGAAGAAGAUUUUUCUCCUUGUGACGUUUAUAGCAAACAAAAAUCACAAAAUGAUCCUACAAAUGAUUCUAGUGCCAAUCCAAUUGAUCCCGAAUCGACGAUAGAGAGCGAGCAAUGUGUUACACCACCUCCAACUAGAGAGUCACCAAACAUCAUGAAUGAUGUUGAGUUACAUAAUAUGUCUUCCACAUCAAGAGCAUUUGAUGGAAUCAAUGAAACACUCACAACCAAGCCAUGCAUAACUCCUGAAGUUGUAUGGCCUUAUCCAAAAAUUUACCGAAACUUUCCAACCAGAAAAGGAAAGGGAAAGGGUAAAUCGUGA